UCGUUCAAUUCAAUGAAUUCGACUAUCGCAAUUGUGAGCUGGGUACCUGAACCUGAAGGCCGAGGGACCAUAGGCCUGGUGUGGAGCUGCCUCGUUACAAUUUUCCUCUGCACUUGGAGCGCUAUACAUCCUAAUCUUCCUGCGCCCACGGAUAGUCAGUUGAGGAGGUUUGGGCGACACGUGGGUCAUGUGUUCAUUGCUUUAGUAGCACCAGAAUACACAGUACUUUUCGCCGUUGAGCAUUUCUUGAUGGCUCGGAAGUCACCUGGCUGGUCGCUCCUGCAAUGUUUCUUUCUAACUAUGGGAGGAUAUGCUUUGCAAACCAUAUCCGACACUGAAGACGAGCCUCCUGUUCGUAUCAAGCCGCAACAGCUUGUAAGCUACUUUGAGUCGGGCAAACUAGCUUGGCCUGAAGUCAGCGUGUCUGAUAUCGAGGAUCGCAGCAAGGCCGAUUGGAUCGUAAAACUCGUCACCCUGGUGCAAGUAACGUGGUUUGUGGCACAAGUCAUCGGCCGCGCACUCCAAGGCUUGACCGUAACCACUUUAGAGCUCUUCACCUUAGGCAAUGUGUUCUGCGCAGCUGUCAUGUAUAUUCUGUGGUGGCAUAAACCCUUCGAUGUUCGUACGCCUAUCGUUCUUCGAAUCAAGUCACCUCUACCCGAGCUAGCACAUGUCAUCUCAAUAGUGGAUCUCGAAGAUACAUUGCCAAAGAAGAGGAGAAUUCCAGGAUGGAGUACGAUAGCUGCCACUUUGGUUUUUGGUGGAUUACUUGUUGUCGGCUGGCAGUUCCAUUUCCCAUCCUCAGUGGAGGAAUUGUUGUGGAGGAUAAGCAGCAUAGGGGUGAUAACGCUAUCCUUGGUUGCCGCACUAAUGGCUUGGUCUGUGAACGUUGUGAAUUUGUUGUGGUGGGAAAAAACGUUUGCUCGUUUCGUAGUGAUAUCCAUGGUCUUGUACACACUACUCAGACUCUACAUGUUCGUCGAGAUGUUUAUAGGUCUGAGAGCAGUUCCAGCCGACGUCUACAAAACGCCGCAAUGGUCCCAGUAUUUCCCUUCUUUUGGUUGA